AUGUCCGAUCGAACUGGCGCCAUUGGUCGUGAAGGCUUGGAUGCAGCUCGGGUCAUUCUCCUCACCGCCUCCUCAGAUUUCGAUCGUGACUCAAAUCGCCACGUGCCAGCGACUGUCAGUCAUGUGGUCUCGCUUGUGGGUACGGUAAAGCACAAAGCUAGUGCAAUCGAUGAAGCUGGCUGUCUUGUGUUCCUCCUUGUACUUAUUUACCGCUAUCGAUUCGGUCGGCUAGUUGGGCAUUACCAUGACAAGGUUCCUCCGCCAUCGAUUAUAAGAGUUCUCUUCGUUUUCCACAACCUCGGAAAUACCCUCGCAUUACACCGCCCCCUCCCUAAUCAGCGGUGGAAAAACGAUAUCUCCAUCCGGUUUGGUUCAUCGGAGAAAGCGGAGACACGUGAUUGUGUCGUGGGUGGGUGGGGCAAUUUCCACUCUCGCUUGUUGGCGUCUCGGCACGCUAUAGUACCAACCUGGUUAACUUGGGCUGGUCCGGCUACUUUGGGGCAACUCAAGCGAGUGUGCCGCGGCCUCGUAAAAUUCUCGGGCCUAUUUACUUCGACAGAUGCUCUCCAAGUUCAGUCAGUCAUGCAAAUGCGUGUCGCUGACUUGCGCGCUUUCUUCAAGGGUCUGCUCCACCUUCCGUCUUUAGUUCCCAAACGCCCAACCAGCGACUCUCCCAACCGUCGAGGAAAUCGUCAGAUGUACAGUAAACCCCCCAAAGUCCUUGCCGGACGGUAUCUCCUCGGUGGGACGAUCGGACGGGGCAGUUAUGGCAAGGUGAAGGAUUGCAUUGACCUCGUCACGCUGCGCCGCUGCGCCGUGAAAAUAGUCUCCAAACUCGGUGUUCGCAAAAUUCCCGGUGGCUGGUCGCAGGCCCUAACAGAAGCCUGCAUCCUCCGGAGUCUGGCGCCGCACCGCCACAUAGUCGCCGUGGCAACCGUGCUGCGCCUCACCGCGCCCGACCGCGUCGCCCUCGUGAUGGAGCACUGCCUGGGCUCGGUGCACGACCUCCAGGCGGCCGGGGUGCACGCCUCCUUCCCCGUCUCCCCCCCUACCGGCGCCGACGGCGACGACGACGCCGCUGACACUCCCACCGGCGCCGUCAACGCCCCCCACCCACACCUGCACUCCACCACGGAGGCCUUCCAUCGCACCUCAACGCUACCAACCAUGGACGACGUCGAGGCUCCGAUGCAUUCUUACGGCAAACCGCCGGCAGUCGCUGGCCUACGGAAGCAGUCGGCUUUUGAUUGGUCGCAGGCCCACCACCCCAAGGCAGACCAAUCGGAAGCCGGCACGUUGGGUUUUCAGCAGUUCAGAAGGCUUCCGGAAGCCCAGGCGCACGCUUAUUUCAUACAGCCGGCCAACCUGCUCAUCACCCCAGCGCCAGGAUCGGGCUUGGAUCCGUCGGCCAUGCUCUCCCACGAGUACACCGAUUGCGUCGGCACCUACCACCCCGGCCUGGUGCCGUUCAGUCCGGAGGAGGUUCUGCGGCUAUCUAGGGGGUAUCUGAUCAAAUUGGCGGAUUUCGGUGUGUCCGUCUCGAUACCCACCUUCACCCCCAGUGUGCAACAAUGUUGUCACUGCCUCCUGCGCCCUGAACCCUUCAGCUACCCCUCCCAAUGUAGUCUUGUAGCGUACAGCACCCGACACCCUUUGUCCCAA